AUGGCUGCAGAAAAAGGACAAGUGAUCUUGUGUCACACCGUGGAAGCAUGGAACGAGCAAUUCCAAAAGGGAAACGACUCUAAGACUCUUGUGGUGGUUUAUUUCACGGCUUCUUGGUGUGGAUCAUGUCGUUUCAUAGCUCCAUUCGUUGCUGAUUUGGCUAAGAAACUUCCUAAUGUGAUUUUCCUCAAGGUUGAAAUUGACAAAUUGAAGUGCUGGGCCAUUGAGUCCAUGCCAACCUUCAUGUUCAUGAAGGAAGGGAAGAUUGUAAACAAAGUUAUUGGGGCCAAGAAAGAUGAGCUUCAGUCCACCAUUGCCAAACAUUUGGCUUAA